UAUAUAAUAGUUAAUAACAAUACUCAUAACUCGUUAACAAUAGUCCGUUUAUUGCUGUAUAAUUAUCGUUAACGCCGGCCAUAACCAGCACGUUUACUUCCUACAAUGGGAUUGAAAUCGUGGUGGAUCCAGUUAAAAACUAUUAUAAGAGAGAAAACCGAAACCAAUAUAAAACUAUGGCUAAUCGCCAUGUCAGCGAUUUCUCAUAAGACUUUCAUACCAAAUCAUUGGCUCGGCUUCGGUCGAGGAUCUUCGUUGGAGGACGAAAAAAGUGAAAGGAAAAAUUCUAUUGUGGAUAAAACGAAAAAAUUGCUAGGUUUAAAAAAUAUUCGGAUCGCAAAGAAUGUCGGAGAAGCUAGCGGCGACCAUUUUAAAUCUUUUAUGGAAAAAUACGGCAACGAGGACACACGUGAUGACCACGAUGAAGAUUUGGAAGAAUUUCGGUUUCAAAUGUUGCUGGGCACCUGCAGAUUCAAUUUGGAUUCAUUGACAGAUAGGAAUGAACUUGCUGCUCCAGAAGCACGUUCGUCUCGUGAAAUUCUCGUCAGAUCGAAAAGGACCACUCCUAAGUUUUUGGCAUGGAAAAAAUAACAGUCGGAAUAUCUGAUAAAUGAUUAAAUUAUAAAUUCGUUUAUGAAAUUUUACUAUAAAUAAAAUUAAAAUCUAUUAAUGUACAUAAUAUCCACUAUUGAAUAAUUAAAAUCUAUUUUA